GGGGUGUGUGACCUUACUCUCACUGGCUUAUUUCCCCAUCUAAAAUGUGCAGCAAAAAGCUUUUGACGCUCACACACACUCAGCAUCAACAUCAUCACCAGCCAGAGUGUGUGUUGUGAGCAGACGACACAGAGAUCUGCUGGUUAGUGUGUGCUGAUAGCCUGUUUGGUCACAGGAGUUUUCCGUGCAGCUCUUACCAGCUAGGUUCAGCCUGCUGUUUGGUUUGUCACCAUGGACGUCUUCUCCUCUCUCACAUCCCCUUCCUCCUGCCCUCAUCUGUACCACCAAUCAACUUACUCCAGCAACAGCACUGUGCCAAACGAAACCACUACGGCCACAGGGAUCAGCCAGGUGAUUCUGAGGCACUACAACUACACGGGCCGCCUGCAGAACAGGACGAUCUCAGCCACCCAGGCCCCCAUCAGCGUCUCCAUGUCCGUUUUCCUCUUUUUCAGUGUGUUUAUCAUUCUGGAGAACCUCCUGGUGCUGGUGGCUGUCAUCUCCCGCAUCCGCCACAGCCGCCGCUGGGUUUACGUCUGCAUCGCUAACAUCACCCUGAGUGAUCUGCUCACAGGUGCAGCCUAUCUGGUCAACAUCUGCAUGUCCGGCAACCAGACGUUCCGUCUCACCCCUGCUUUGUGGCUCUUCAGGGAGGGCAUGCUGUUCGUGGCCCUGGCAGCCUCCAUCUUCAGUUUAUUGCUGAUUGCUGUGGAGCGCUACACUACCAUGAUGAAACCUUUGCCCCAGAAGUCAACAAGGAAGACCUAUUAUCGGAUCUAUGGCUUGGUUGGGCUGUGCUGGGUUUUGGCGUUGGUGAUUGGCUUCCUCCCCCUGCUAGGCUGGAACUGUGUCUGCAGCCUGGAUGGAUGCUCCACUCUCCUCCCUCUUUACUCCAAGACCUACAUCUUUUUCUCUCUCAUCAUCUUCUUUCUUAUCCUGUUGACUAUCGGGGUGCUUUAUGGUGCCAUCUACUGCCAUGUACACAAGAGUGCUCAGCUGGGCCCUCAACGCAAUCGCAAACGCUCCUUGGCUCUGCUGAAAACUGUGAUCACCAUCGUAGGGGUCUUUUUGCUCUGCUGGGGACCACUCUUUAUGCUUUUGUUGGUGGAUUUCUUCUGUGUGUCCCGCCAGUGUGCCUUGCUGUUCAGCGCUGAUUUCUGCAUCUCCCUGGCUGUCCUGAACUCUGGCCUGAACCCCAUCAUCUACGCCCUGGGCAGCAGCGACAUGAGGAAGGCCAUGGCCGAGCUGUUGUGCUGCUGCUGCCUGAGGGCCGGCCUGUGUCACCCUGACAAGUUCAUUUCCAAGGAGACCAGCAGCACCUCGGAGAGCAGGAGGAACAGUCUGAGGAACAGCUUCAGCAAGGUCAGGAAUCUGAGCGUGGCCUCGCCACCGUCGACUCCGAGCAAGCCUCGCAAGGCACCGAGAAAGGGCAGGCUGAGCACCACAACCAGCUGCCUGUCAGUUUCAAGUGGUUAAAACCACAACGUGCUCCCCUCCCAAGCAAGCAAGACCUGUGUUCACUGAAACACAUCUAACCGUUUCCUGACUUUUAGUUUGACUCUUUGCUGCACGGACGAUAAAAUGUUUUUAGAAAACUUGCUUGAAGAGAGGCUUUAACCUAAAAAAUAUGAGUUCAGCUUUAAGUGUAGCAGGAAAUAAAAACUCAGGGAUGUUUCUGUUUAACAGUACAUUCAGUUUGUCAAUGCAUCUCAUAUAGGUACCAGAACAUUCUUUGGAUUGGACCAUUUGGAUGACAUUAAGUGUAUAUUAAUACUUUGAAUGCCGAAUGUGUAAUUUUGUACAAAUGCUGUUAAAAAUAUAAAUAAAGUUUAUUUUCUAUUGAAAAUCA